AUGAUAAUAAUAUUCUGUAAAUGUUGCUUAUUGCAAUCCCUUAUUUAUUUACUAGGUGGUGAUAAUUCAUCAUCAGAUGAUGAUACUAGUGAUGAGGAAGAGGAUGGUGAUGAUGAUGAUGAUGUUAGCAGUGUUAGCAAUGUUGACUCACAUACAUCAGAACCAUCCAUACCAACAGAGGUCGAAGAAGAACCAGCACUGGAAGAGCCAUUGACUGCCACUGAUACAGAAUCGGAGAUAGAGGAUGAUAUUUCUGGGAAAAGAGUCUAUAUCAAAGAUGACAAUUUGAGGACACAAGCAAAGUUUGUUGUCUUUCUUCCACAACUCAUGGAAUUAUUUGGCACUUGUCCAACCUGUAGCAUGCCAGGUGUCCUCAUUGAUGUUAAAAAGUUUGGAACAAUGGUACAAAUCGAGAGAACAUGCAGUCAAAAAAAGUGCACAAAACGCAACAAUGUGUGGAGCAGUCAACCAAAAUUUCCUAACUCCAGUAUUCCAGCGGGGAAUUUACUUCUGUCAUUUGCCAUUUUAACUGGCGGUGGAUCUGCAAGCAAAACGCUAAGAAUAUUUGAACAUAUGGGGUUAGGAAGCAUAUCUCUGUCCACAUUCUACCGCCAUCAACGUACCAAGCUGUUUCCCACCAUUCAUAUGCAUUGGAAAUCAUACAAAGCAUCAUGGCAAGCAAAGUUGAAAGAAAUAGAUGGCAUUGUUUUAGCUGGGGAUGGUCGUCAUGACAGUAUGGGACAUAGCGCAAAAUAAUGUGCAUAUAGUUUGUUCUGUUGUGAUGAUCCAAUAAAUGCAAUAAUUGAUUUCAGUUUAGUGCAGAAAAAUGAAGCUGGCAGCAGUCCUGCCAUGGAAUAUAUGGCUUUCACAAGAUCAAUGGAGGAUGUAUCA